AUGGUCUUUUCAUCUCCAAAAAUUGUUCCAUUUCUGUUCUGCGGUUUGAUAUGGGGAAGUUUUUGCUCUGCCAGUAGAGCCAUGUUCAAUGCCACUGAAGAUGGCAUCCAAAACACUCCGGCAACUCAGGCAACCAUGUUGGCGAAUAGUGAGGUUGGUAAUGGUGCUUACAGUUGUGGUGGCGGAGGAUCGUGUCCAGGUGGUGGAGGUGGUGGAGGCGGUGGAGGUGGUGGCGGCGGCGGCGGCGGCGGAGGUAGUGGUGGUGGUGGUGGCGGCGGCGGAGGUGGUGGUGGCGGCUGUGGAGGGGGAGGUGGUGGUGGUGGCGGCUGUGGCGGGGGAGGUUGCAUAUCCGGUGGUAGCUCGAGUUGUAACAUCGGUGGUGGAGGCGGUUGCUCUGACUGUUACCCUCAACCCCAGAUAAUGCCACCUAGUUGCACUCCACAAUGCCAAGUGCCAACGCCGCCAUGCCAAGUACAAACACCGUCAUGCCAAAUGCCAACGCCGCCAUACCAAAUGCCAUGCACUCCGCAAUGCCCAAAUGUGUCUCCUGGACAACCACAAUGCAGUCCGCAAUGCCCACAACCAAUGCCGAUGCAAAUGCCGAUGCCAAUGCCAACACCCUGCAAUUCUUGUAAUCAACAACAGCCAAACUGUCCGUAUAAUAAUCGCGGAAAUGGCGGAUACAUGGGAACUGGAUCCACUGGGACUACAAGUGAGGUUACAAAUCAUCAAGAUAACAAACACAAAACGAAGAAACAAGAUCCGUGA